CCGGUUCGCCGUAGAUGAUGCACCUAUGGCGACACCCGAUCGCGGCAUGUUCAACCGUCCGGCCACAGCCUCACUGACGUGCAGACAGUUGCCCGAAGAGCCUCAUCUCGGCUUCGGCUCGCGCUAUACUCGCAUCAAAGAAAUUUGCCAUCAUGACGAUAUCGCCAGAGUCCGCCCAAAGUCCUACACGCGCAAGCCCAGACGCAAUCGCCAAACUGGCAUCAGUCAACUUCAAUGCUAGCACACUCUCGCACUCUAUCGAUUAUCAAUCUGUCGAGCUAAACUGAGAACGAAAAGCGUCAUGGGACCCAUUCACAUCCACAUCCACAUCCACCAUCCAACCCUCCACCCACAACCAUCGCGAGCAAUGACGAAUGACACACUCGCCUCUGCCAAGCUCAAGCGCGUCUGCCUAUUCCGUACCAGUCAAUACGAGUGCUUAACCUCUUAUCCAAGCGAAAUCAUUAGUCGACAAGCGCUAUCAGGACCCUCUUCACUCACGAGUCUCACCGCGGUGACGCACAACCUGCUUCCGGGACUCUAUUUUUUGUGCAUUAGUCCUCAUGACCAAGGCCAGCUAACUAGCAGCGCUCGUGUAGGACAGAGAUAGAACAGAACUGCUCUUGACAGUGGCGAGAGGGUGCGGGCUGGACCGGG